AUGAGCAAACUCACUGUUAAUAAGAAGAUCUGCAAGACACUUUCAAUUAGAACAAAGGCAAAUGCUAUCAGCGAAGUGCUCAAUGGGGAAAGUAAAGCCGUGGUUGCGAAAAAGUUUAAUGUUCCAAGAACAACCCUCUAUUCGUGGCUGGAGAAUAAGGACAAGAUUCUCGGUGCUAUCAAUGCAGAUACGUUCAACGUGAAUCGAAAACGAAUGCGGACGUCCACUCACAGUGAUAUUGAGAACUGCUUAUUGGCCUGGCUUCGUCAGGCAAGAGCUCAAAGCAUUCCAGUAAGUGGUGCAAUUCUUACAGAAAAAGCAAAUCAAUUUGCAGCGCAGUUAGGCGAGGCAAAGUUUGAGUGCACGAAUGGCUGGUUGGAGCGCUUUAAGUCAAGACAUGGAGUUAGUUUGCGAAGAAGCCAAAUCAGCUCCGCAAUUAAAAUUGACAAGUGGAAAACUACAACACUGGCUGCGAUUCUUUCAGAAUACGAGCCACGGGAUAUUUAUAAUGCAGGCGAAACUGGUUUAUUUUGGCAGUUACUACCAAACAGAACUUUGGCUUUCAAGAGAGAAAAAUGUUCGAGUGGGAAGCAAAGUAAGCAGCGAUUUACCGUUCUACUGGCUGCUAACAGUGAUGGAUCUGAUAAAAGAAAACUGUUGAUUAUUGGGACAUCUGCAAAACCUCAUUGUUUUAAUGGGAUACAAGUCAAUCGCUUACCCGUCCAGUAUAUGGCAAACACGAAGGCAUGGAUGGUAAGCACUAUCUUCGAGCAAUACAUUCGCGCCUUUGACCGUGACAUGGUUGGCCAGAAGAGGAAGGUUGUCCUUAUUGUUAACAGUUGCUCUGCCCACCCACGUAUCAGUGGCCUCAAGGCUGUGCGUCUACAGUUUCUGCCACCAAACAAAAUGUCACGCACUCAGCCCCUGGAGGGUGGCAUCAUUAGGAGUUUCAAAGUUCAUUACCGUCAUGAUCUGGCUAUGCGUAUACUCGUGGCAUCCGAUGGCGGGAAGACGUUCAAACCGGAUGUACUGACGUCAAUCAUUAUGAUGAAAAAAGCCUGGGAUUUGGUGGAACAAGAGACCAUUGCAAAUUGCUUCCGGCACUGCAGUUUCACUCGUGAUCAGCCAGCUGCUGAUGAUAAGAGUGUUUUGGGGUUUGAAUCAGAGGAAUCUAGCCAUUUCAGCACCACCAUUGAACAGUUACGUAUUAUCGGCUUGUGGCCAAAAAAUGUCUCCAAGGAUGAUUUCAUCGACGUGGACGCUGCAGUCAGUGUAUCGGAAUUGACUGCUGAGAGUGACAUUAUUGCCACACAAUCAAAGAGUGGUAAGCCAGAUCAAGAAGAUGAGGCCGAUGAAGAAGAAAAUGACGACACCGAUAUUCCACACCCCCCGAUUAAACUAGCAGCCGGCAUUGCAGCAGUUGACACGCUGCAGUUACUUCUGGCUCAACAGGGCAUCGAUGAUGCUCCAUAUAAACUUAGCCGCCUUUCUGCGGUACUUGCUGGUCUGGUUUCCUCUCAGGCGCGACAAAAGAAUAUCAUGGAGUAUUUUUCCCAAGUAAAUUUAGAUCAGUACAGCAACUUGUGA